CGUUGUUGUAUAUAGGAUACUAAAGAGUGUGUCUUGUCACUGUUAAAGUCUUUGUGAAGCAUACGUUUUUUGUUGGUUUAUUCUCAAAAACUUUCUAUUUUUAGGUUCUGGGAAGAUUUGAUAUCUAGAUUUGGAAGAAGAGAAAGGAAGAAGAAAUGGAUGAUGAGUAUACUAAGUUCGUGAGGCGGAUGAACCCACCCAGAGUUGUGAUUGACAAUGAUUCUUGUGAGGAUGCUACUAUUAUCCAGGUUGACAGUGUCAACAAACAUGGAAGUCUCCUAGAUGUUGUCCAAGUGCUUGCAGAUGUGAAUCUUGUAAUAACAAAAGCUUAUAUCUCAUCUGAUGGAGUAUGGUUCAUGGAUGUGUUCAACGUGAUUGACCGUGAUGGGAAAAAGAUCAGAGACAAGGACAUUAUCAAUUAUAUACAAAUUAGACUUGAAAGCAAUGCCAGCUUUGUACCAUCUACGGAUUCUGUUGGUGUGACACCCUCAGAAGAGCAUACCUUAAUUGAGCUCAGUGGCACUGAUAGAACUGGUCUAUUAUCUGAAGUGUGUGCCGUUCUUGCAGACCUUCACUGUAAUGUGGUAAAUGCUGAGAUAUGGACACACAAUGCCAGAGCUGCAGCUGUAGUUCAUGUCACAGAUGAUACCACUGGUUGUGCAAUCAAAGAUCCAAACCGCCUUGCUUCAAUAAAGGAGCUGCUUUGCAAUGUCCUUCGAGGAAACAAUGAGUCGAAGGCUGCUAAAAUGACACUUGCAACCUCUGGAGUUACAAAUAGAGAUAGAAGGCUGCACCAGAUUAUGUUUGCUGACAGAGAUUAUGAGAGGGUUGGAAGAGCUGAAUUGCGCAGAGUGGAGGACAAGGGCUCAAGACCUCAAGUAACUGCCUUCGAUUGCAGUCAGAAGUAUUACACUGUCAUUACUAUGAAGGCAAAAGAUCGACCAAAAUUGUUGUUUGACAUCAUUUGCACUUUAACGGACAUGCAGUAUGUGGUAUUCCAUGGAAUGGUAAAUACAGGGAUGACAGAAGCUUAUCAGGAGUUCUAUAUUCGACAUGUUGAUGGAGUUCCUAUAAGCUCAGAAGCUGAGCGAGAACGUGUUGUACAAUGUCUUGAAGCAGCCAUUGAAAGGCGGGCAUCUGAGGGGCUUGAACUACAACUGUGCACCGAUGACCGGGUUGGACUUCUAUCAGAUAUCACUCGGAUAUUCAGAGAGAACAGUUUGUCUAUCAAACGAGCAGAAAUUUCAACUAAAGGAGGAAAAGCUCUGGACACCUUCUAUGUCACAGACGUGACAGGAAACCCAGUUGAUCCCAAGAUGAUUGAUUCAAUUCGCAGAGAGAUUGGCCAGACCAUACUGCAGGUGAAAUGCAAUUCAACCCCUCCACCAUCAAAGUCCCCUGAAGGGACAAAAAUGGGAUAUCUCUUUGGCAACUUGUUCAAAGCUCGAAAUUUCCAAAAUCUUAAAUUAAUCAGAUCCUACUCUUAGUUUCUCUUUAGAACUAGAAACUGUAAAAAGGUUAUCCAUGCUUCAGGUGUAUAUGCUAUAUAGAAGUAUGUAGAAAUUAAGAAACACUGUAUAUAUAUGGCCACCCUAAACCCUGCAGAGCUGACUGGGGGUUUAGCUAGCGUUAUAUGCUAAUACAAGUGUCUAGAAGAGUAGAAGAAACCCAGAAACCAAUCUAUACUGUAAAGCUAGUGAUUGGAUUUGUGUAUAAUGUACAUAGUGGUGGGCAGAGGUUGCACAAAGAUAGAACAUUGUACAGUUAAUGUAGCUCAAUGAAAUAUGAUGUAAAUUUUUAGAUAAA